UUUUGGUAGAUUAUUAUGUCAUUGUUGGAGAGAAAUGAAGUGUCUAAAACACUAAACUAUAUGGAGAUGGCUAUGGCUGCAAAACUUAAGAUCAUACAAAGAGAAACCAUCCGACCGUCUUCUCCGACUCCCGACAACCUUAAAAUCCUCAAUCUGUCGCUUCUUGAUCAGUUUACUCCAAUUACUUACACACCGCUUCUUCUCUUUUACCCUCCAAAUGAUGGCGAUUACGUUGAUCGCUAUGAAAAAGUUCAGAAGCUAAAAAAAUCUCUAUCCGAGACCUUAACACAUUUCUAUCCACUUGCCGGAAGAAUCAGAGACAAUAGCUCCAUAGAUUGUAAUGAUCAAGGAGCUGAAUUUAUCGAAGCUCAAAUAGAUCGUCUUCUGUCAGAAUUUUUAAAAAAUCCUGACACAAAGAUGUUGAAUUGGUUCUUGCCUGCAGCUGUAGAAUCUCCCGAAGCAGCCACAGGAAAUUUACUACUCGUUCAAGCUACUUUCUUCGAUUGCGGUGGAUUAGCGGUUGGGAUUUGCAUUUCGCACAAAAUGGCUGAUGCAGCCACCUUGUCUAUAUUCACCAAAUGCUGGUCUGCAGUCGCUCAUCCCGCCUCGAGCCAGGCCGUAGUGACUCCUCCUGUGUUCAUGGGUUCAUCAAUUUUUCCACCGAUAGACAUUUCGAUUCCACGUACCUCAAUUGACCUAAUGCAAAAAAAUUGCAUCACGAAAAGAUUCGUUUUCACUGCAUCUAAAAUCACCACCUUGAGAGCUAAACUCGCAAGCGAAACUGCAUUAGACCCGACCCGUGUGGAAGCUGUUUCAGGAUUAUUAUGGAAAAGUGCAAUGACCGGGUUAAGAUCAAGAUUGGGAUAUUCUAGGCCAUCUAUUUGGUCUAUAUCCAUCAACAUGCGCACGAGGUUCCUGCCACCCUUGCCUGAAAACUACUCAGGUAACUGUGUGGGGUCCAUUGCUCCGAAAAUGAUGGAUGAAGAUCGAUGCGAGUUAGAAUUGAAAGAAACAUUCGGCAGAAUAAGGAAAGAAAUGGACGGAUUUAGCGAAAAUUACGCGAAGAAGCUUCAAGGGAAAGGAGCAUUACAAGCAAUUUGUGGGAUAGCUAAGGAGUUUGGAGAGUUAGUGAUGAGCAAUGAAGUAGACUUCUAUAUAUGCACAAGUUGGUGCAGAUUUGGGCUGUAUGAUACUGAUUUUGGUUGGGGAAGACCUCAAUGGGUUAGUUCUACAAGUAUGAGAGUGAGUAAUGUUGCUGUUUUAAUGGAUACAAGAGAUGGUGAUGGAAUCGAAGCAUGGUUAACUUUGACUGAGGAAGAUAUGAAAUUUUUUGAGUCUGAUCAUGAGCUUCUUGAAUUUGCUGCUGUGAAUCCUAGUAUUUAAAGAGACUGAGUUACAUUUUGAUUGUUAGAAAAAAAAAAAUCAAACCGGAUUGAUCUCUAGUUCCAUAUCAAACCGGUAAACUAGCAAUUACGGUUAUUAAAAAAUGUUUUUGGUAAAUGAUGAUUUAAUUAGCA